AUGCCGAAGAAAAAAGGUCAGAAAAAAGCAAAACAAUCUACUAUAUAUUAUUGUAUAAAAGAGCAACAAAAUGAAGAUAGCACUAUUGAUGACGUAGAUAUUAAGAAAAACAAGUCAAAGAAUCGUCAUCAAGUUCAUGAUGACAGUGAUACUGAGCCAGGAGUUUUUUACCCAGAGAUUGUUUGGUACCUCAUAUCAGUGUUUAUAGAGCCUGCAGACAUAGGCACUUUUGCGCGUAUAUGCAAAGCCACCUAUAACAUAACCAAACGAGAAUCCUUUUGGCUUUGCAUUUAUAAUCUCUAUUGCAGAAAAGACAAGAGGUUGCCUGAAAGAUUACGUAUAGAAGAAAAUUAUCGAGCUUAUGGUUUACGUCAACGUGUAAUACGAGCUUUAUAUUAUACCUAUGAUCCAUUUGUUGUUAGAACUUCAGAAUUGGAACAUAAGAUGACACCUCAAUCUUUAUUAAAACGAAAUUGUGUUAAUACAUGGUAUAAUAAGUUGCAAUCACACUGGAUUGUCUAUUUAAAGUUUAGGAAGCAUAAGCCCAUAAACCAUAACAUGAUUAAUAAUAAUGAAGGAAGAGUUGAUGCAAAUACAGAGCAAGACACAAAAGUGCUGCAGAUCUGGUGCAAGCAUGUCUAUAAUAUUCCUCCUCUCAUGGGUAUGACUCUGUCCACAUUUAGUCUUUCAUAUUUAUCGCCUGGAUUGAAACUUGAAAUGGGCUUUAGUAGUCCUCAUGAUGCAGGCAAGUGUUUUCCCUCACAAAUUGUUGUACUGGAUUCUGUAAUAAAGUGGUAUGUAUAUGAUUGGUGGCACCCUAAAUACCCUCAUUUUGAGGUGAGACCACCUCCCUUGAGUACAGAUGAGGACAACUCUCCACUAUUGGAUGUAGAUUUCUUUGACAUGAGUGAUGAGGAUUGA